AUGCUGCCAUUCGAGUCUGCUAUCCCACCAUGGGUGGCUGGAUGCUCGUGUAUCUUUUUCGCGACACUCUUUGUUGGAUCCCUCUACCUGUUUCCUGUAAAGAAGCAGGCCCCAACUGGGAAUCAUGCACCAGAUCGCUCUCAGCAGCGGCUGGAUAGAGAUCACCCACUGGUAAUUAAGCAGCGCAUCAAGGGCAUCGUUCUCACCUCCGUGUUGAUCACCCUUUAUCUCUGGGUAGUCUUUUCUAUCUCUGGCGCCAUCCCCUUUGACCAGGCAACUUAUGGUCUUGCCCAAUGGCUGCACCAUAUUUUCACACCUCUGGCUUUGGUUGUGAUCCUGUUCUUGGGUCCUCUGGUCAUGAUGCUGAUCGACAGCGAGCUGCCCUUUCAAUCAAGGUUUUACUGGAGGAAUCAGCUACAGAACUUGCGCGAGUGGAUCGGCAUUCGCAACUACAUUGUGGGUCCUAUUGCGGAAGAGUACAUUUUCAGAGCCUGCAUGGUUUCUAUUACAGCCACGUCGGGUGCUUCGCCUAAAGCCAUGAUCUUUGGACUCCCUCUUGUCUUUGGCAUUGGUGAGCACACAUCUUUUGUCUAA